AUGGAUUUUUUUAUCAAAAAUCUAGUAAUAUUUGUAUUGGUUUUCACAAAAUGCUCGAUUCAACAAAUUCAAGAUCAAAGCUUCCAAAAGUUUUGUAGUCGAUUCAAUCAGGCAAUUGUGACACAAACCAUCGAAACGGAUGAUUCUGGAGUUCCAAUUCCAAAUCCAGUUGGUGACAGAUGCACAAUUGAGAUGGAUUUUCCUGCAACUGAUACGGUAACCCACAAAAAAACCAACGCUUUAACGAUUUUCGUUGUUUUCAGGAUCAGGCUAAAAUGUAUUGUGAAAGAUGGGGUUUAUUCGCUUUGGCUGAAUGGAAAGCUGUCGAAAAUCGAGUCUCUUGCACCUAUGAAAAUGUCUACGAAUGCUCUAACAACUAUCAGCAAAUUCGUGGAAUGUGUUAUCGCCCAUUCUACGAUCUCAAUACUUAUGAGGAAGCUGAAAAGACUUGCGAAGAUUCGGUUUCAGGCGCAAAAAUUGUACAAAUUUCAAAACACCUUGGAGAAUUGUUCGAGUUUGCGUUUGGUGAUGAUUUAUCAAUGUAUUUUGUGCAACCCGAUAAAACUCUUGAAUUAUCAUCGAUGUUUGUUGGACAAAAUUCAACUGAAGCCGAAGAUCAAAACAAGAAUUAUGUGAUUCUUUUUAACUAUGGUAUUCAUUAUGAUGUUGGGCCAAAUACAAUUAUCAAAUUGGACAAGACAGUCAAAGCAUUCGCAAUGUGCAUGUAUAAACCGCCUGAAACAAUUCUCAGUUUUGGCAUAAACGCUAAAAAACUUGCAGAAUUGUAUCAUCCAACACAAUUGGUUGGUGCAAUGGCUGUUUGGAGAAGUGCUUCGCAUUAUACACCAGCGUAUGUUUUUGGCAAUUCAAUCAGAAAACUUCUUGUUGGACAUCGUUUUUUAGCAAUUGAUUUGAAAUAUUGGGUUUAUUCUUAUAUUGUCAUUCCGAAAAAAUAAGAACUUGGAAGAGAACCGAAAUGGCCUAGGACACCAAGACUGCAGUAGACUUCGCAAAAUUUUGGAGUCUAUUUGAAAAAAUAAAAUGCGAAAUUUACACGUUGGCUAUUUGCCAACCAGUUUGAUGUGCAUGUGUCACGUCAUUUUUAGUCUACUGUACGUGACCGCCAAUUCAAACGGGGGUUCUUUUUAUUUUCGGAAUGACAAUACUCAUUUGCUAAAAAAGCUGAAAAUUCCGCUGAAAACCAAGAUUUUUGAAUUUUUGCUGCAAUUUUGAGAUCGCGCACAAGGAAUCGCCAUUUUUUAAACAUGUGAGAAGAACGCUCGAAAAAGAAAAAAAACGUGCGCGUCAAAUAAAAUGCCUGCGCGGUGUUUGCACACAUUUAGCAAACUACAGUAGUUAUUCAUUUUUUGAAAGUUUUUUUAGGGCUGAUUCACGAACGAAAAAAAAAAGUUUUUUUUUCAUCGAAAGAUCAAUUCACGAAAAGUCAAAAAUGUCGAAAAAACUUUAGUUUUUCGAGUUUUUCAGCCAAAAAAUGAUGACAAAUCGAUAUUUUUCAAGUUUUUGGAGUAAUUUCUGAUGAAAAUAAGCUUUGAGAACCCUAUUUUGCUUUAUUUUAUGAAUUUUUUCAAAAAUCAUCAAAAUUUGAAUUUUUUUAUUUUACGAAAAAUCAGCAAAACCUUCUGGAAAGUGAAUUCCGAGGUCAAUUUUAAUCAGAAAUUACUCCAGAAGCUUGAAAAAAAUAUCGAUUUGUCAUCAUUUUUGGUUGAAAAACUCGAAAAACUAAUGUUUUUUCGACAUUUUUCGACUUUUCGUGAAUUGAUCUUUCGAUGUUAAAAAACACAUUUUUUUUCCUUCGUGAAUCAGCCCUUAUAUCUACUCGGGAAACAUCCCGCAAGUGCCGGCAAGAAUUGCAGUAGAGCUGCAAUGCCGGGUGAAGCCGCCGUUGUUGCGGGGGAAAGACAACGGGAAUGUGAGAGAGCGCAGACGCUCGCUACUUUUUGUCUGUCUGCCUGUGCUCUCUCACACUUCCCUUUUGUCUUUCCCCCGCAACAACGGCGGCUUCACCCGCAGCCAUUGCGGCUCUACUGCAAUUUUUUUGCCGGCACUUGCGGGAUUUUUCCCGAGUAUAUUUAUCUUGAAUCGAAUCCCACAUUUUAAAAAUUUUCUAUUUUUUCAGAUUAAUCCCUGGUUAUCCAUACUCCCAUAAAGAUGUUUGCGAAGCUUCGAUGAAAGCAAUUCUUGGAACCAGUGAUGGAACUUUUCUCAAUUUGAAACCGGCUAAUACCAAGCGGUUGAGUCCGGAAGUCAAAAAAAUCAUUCAAUCGCGCAUUUGGACCAUUUGCUUAUUGCUAUUAUACUGAUUAUCACAAGAAUUACCGUCGUCAAAUAUACUUUGUAAACAAAAAAGUUGUAAGUUCAUUCAGGAUAAUAAAAAGAGCAAAAAAAUGAAUAUGUUUUUGUAUUUAGAUUGGAAUUUCUUGUGAGAAUCAAGCGAACUUGCGCGAUUCGGAUUAUGAUGCGAAUUGGCAUCGCGAGUUGAACCCUGUUAGAUAUUCAUUUGUUUAUUUCCCAGAAAAGAAAUCGAAUAGUUUGAGUUUCGAAGCAUUACCACUUGCUAUUCAUUCUCCAAUGCUUUGUGGAUUGCAUUAUGAAAAAGAUGUUAAUCGUCAACCUCAAAUGUGCAAGAAUUACUGGACUCCUUAUCAUCGUCAAAUUGGAACAGUUUGUCAUAAAUAUUUCCAACUUAGCGAAUAUGGAGAUGGAAAAGUAAGUAUUAUUGGUUAUGAUUUUUUUUUUGCCACAUUUUUUGGGUUUCUGUGUAUUAUCGAAAAUCUCAUCGAUAAUAUGACCGCGCUCCACCGAAAUAAACGCAACGAAUAGCACCGCGUCGCGCCACAACAAACACAAAUAAGGUAACGAUUCAAAUUCCCUCCCUUAUUUGUGUGUGUAUUGUGGCGCGGCGCGGUCUGCGUUGCGUGUUUAUUUCGGUGGAGCGCGUGACCGAUGAGAUUUCCGAUAAUAUUUGUGUGUCAAAACCACCAUUCGAGUUGCUGGAAAUACUAUUUAUGAAUAAUUUUUAUACAGGAAAACCAGAAAAAUUGCUUCCCGGCUUAUAUUGUGGAAUUUUGAAAAAAUGCGGCAGAGGAAAAAAUGGGUCAGCUAACGUAAAUAUUUCGAAAAUCAAUGAAGGUCUGUGUAGGCGGCGGUCGCGAUGCGGUCGAAGAAAAACAAAGAAAAAAAUUGGCGAUAUUGAUUUUAUUACGACCGCACCGCGACCGCGCGCGCACACACAGACAUUCAUUCAUUUUCGAAAUAUUUACGAGGGACUAGCUGACUCUUUUUUCCUCUGCCACAUUUUUUUAAUCUCUCUGGCACAUUUUUCGAGCGGGGGCGAGUGUAAACCGCAAGCUUCCGCGUUAGCGGCACUAUCUUCCGCUUCAGCGGCCACGUAACUAUGACGUGGCUAUGAUAGUACAUAGCUAUGACGUGGCAAACGUACAGUAUCAUAAACCACGUGGCCGCUGAAGCGGAAGAUAGUGCCACUAACGCGGAAGCUUGCGGUCUACACUGCUUCGCUCGAAAAAUCGAUUUUCUCAUGCCGGAUCUGAAAAUUUCAGUGAAAACCGAGGUUUUUUUGAGAUUUUCACUGAAAUUUUCAGAUCCGGCGUGAGAAAAUCGAUUUUUCGAGCGGAGCGAGUGUAAACCGCAAGCUUCCGCGUUAGCGGCACUAUCUUCCGCUUCAGCGGCCACGUAACUAUGACGUGGCUAUGAUAGUACAUAGCUAUGACGUGGCAAACGUACAGUAUCAUAAACCACGUGGCCGCUGAAGCGGAAGAUAGUGCCACUAACGCGGAAGCUUGCGGUCUACACUCGCUUUUCGCUCGAAAAAUCGAUUUUCUCAUGCCGGAUCUUGAAAAUUUCAGUGAAAACCGAGGUUUUUUUGAGAUUUUCACUGAAAUUUUCAGAUCCGGCGUGAGAAAAUCGAUUUUUCGAGCGGAGCGAGUGUAAACCGCAAGCUUCCGCGUUAGCGGCACUAUCUUCCGCGUCAGCGGCCACGUGGGUUAUGAUACUGUAAAUUUGCUACGUCAUAGCAGCCAUCCACGUGGCCGCUAACGCGGAAGCUUGCGGUUUACGGUUGGGGGCUUUAGGCUCUAAACACUAUGAAAUGCGCAUUUUAUUGAUUUUCAGUAUAAAGGAUAUAAUGAUGCUAUUACAUUUUGCGCUAAGCAAAAAAGGUGAUCUGUCAAGAUGGGAAAGUUAUUCCGAGUAUAUAUUUGUACGUUCUCUUCGAACUGGUUCUUGUGGUGGUUCAUGUGAUGCCUGGGUAAAAUGUUACGAUGUGAAUGGGGUGAGAUUGUUGUGGUGGUUUUUUUCUCAAAUCUUGGAUGUUUUUACAGUGCCGCACUUAUCAAAGCAAAGAUGGAGCACGUCCUGAUCUUCAAGGAAGCAGCAUGAAUUGGCUUAGUGCUGAUUAUGGUCAAAGUGUCAUCUGUGAACAACCGGCAUACCAAACAUACUGA